AUGUCACGUACAAAUUUUACGUCUUUACCCGAAUCAGAGUUCCAGAUGCUUAAAAGCCUCCAGACACUUACAAUCGACGGGGUUCCGUUUCUUAAGAUACCUACCACUGCGUUAACGGCGCUCCCUUCUCUCAAGCAUCUCGAUCUCUCCGAGUGCAAUCUGCAGGAACCGCCAUGGGAUACUCUUAAGCUGUUACGACCACUAACGUCUCUCAGGUUAGCCACAUUCAAAUUCACGGGGCUCCCGGACAGAGCGUUUGACCACCAUAAAAACCUCACCAGUCUCGACUUGAGUGGAAACGAAAUUUUUGAGUUGCCUCCAGGGGUCUUCUGGAACCUAAGGCAGCUAGUCAAUCUCUCCCUUAGUGAUUGCUCGCUAGAGACUGUGUCAGCAACUGAUCUUGCUAACCUCACUCUAUUGAGAAAGCUGGACUUAUCAUCCAAUAAAUUGAAGACCAUCGAAUCAAAUUCAUUUAUAUACCUUAACAGACUACGAGAACUUUAUCUUACAAACAAUACUAUUUCCAAUCUUCCUGCAGAUGCAUUCAAAGGAUUGACUCGGUUGGAACACCUUGACUUAGGCAUGAAUAAUGUAUCUUCUAUUCCGAGCAACUUGUUCUCCCAUUUAUCGAAUCUCACUACUCUCCUUUUAUACGGCAAUCCAUUGCAUACUUUGGAAGGUGAUCAGCCGGGAUCAUUUAUUAUUAGAGGGCUUUCGAAACUAGAGACGCUUAAUCUACAAGGUAUCCAUUUAAAGGAUUUACACUCGGAUAUGUUCCGCGGAAUGAUACAUCUGGAAAACUUGCUUCUUGGGUUCAACAAUAUAUCGUCAAUACCAGAAGAUACUUUCACUGGGUUGAAUUCCCUGAAAACAAUUUUUUUAUGCAACAACUUGUUGGAAGAGUUACCCGAUAAUCUUCUUAAGGGACUGCAUAAUUUGACAGAUCUAGUUGUGCAUCAUAACCGAAUCAAAUCUCUUAGUAAUGCCUUGUUAAGAGGUGCACCAUCCCUUCGAGUUCUCCAUUCAUCUGAAAAUGAGAUAAACAAAAUUCCAGAAGACUUAUUUACAGGUCUCCAUCAAGUGGUCAUGAUUUUUCUGGACGGAAACGGAAUUUCAGAAUUACCAUCUAAAACAUUCGCUAAUCUCCCGCUUCUCGAGUUGGUUUAUCUGAAAGGAAACAACUUGACGAAAUGGGAAUGGGUGUACGAGACCAAGCAAUGGCCGAAACUGGAGGAAGUGAAUCUGAAGGACAACCGUAUCAACGACGUGAGCGAGAACGUGCUUCGCUCGUGGCUGCAGCCGUCCAGGGCGAGGCGCUGGCUCUGGAUGCCCGACAGCCGACUGAACCCAGCGGCGCUACGCUGGGUUACGGAGGACGCCGCCGUGGCAAAGAGCACGCUGCGAGACUGCCGAUGCGGGUCGUUGUACGCCGGCGAAGCCCGCAUCUCCAUGUGCGUGGACAUGCCAUGCCCCGGUGACGCCGACGCCACCCCGGACGACCCAGCCGACUGGAGGGAGGCGGCGGAAAAACGGUGGAGCCGCCCAACCAAGUCCUAA